AUGUCGUUCAAGGUGUUCAUUGUGGGAGAUCCGGGUGUGGGCAAGACGAGCAUGAUGCUUCGAUUCAUAGAUGACACAUUCCUGGAGGACACGGCCCCCACCUCUGGCGGCCAGCCCGGCAAGAAACGCCAAAUCGAAGUGGACGGCAAGAACGAGAGAUUUGGCAACAUCACCUGCUCCCUCUACCAGGGCAUGCAUGGCUUCAUCAUCGCCUACGAUGUGAACAACACCGAGACCUUCAAGGCCGUGGAUAACUGGCUGACGAAGCUGAACUACAUGGAAACGAUGACGUUUUUGUCCACCCUGCCAUCGGUCAUGCAUAAUUUUCGGAGUUACAUCAACAUCGCCAUCGAGAUGCUGGAGGACAUGGCCUCCGAGUGA